GAUCUUUAUAUUAUUUUUUCAGUGUACAGUUUUUACAUUUACUCUCAGUUUUAAUUGUUCUGUUAAUAUCAUCUACCAUGCAGGCAAAACGUGACCCCUACCGGUUCCGGUUUCCUAUUGAGAUGCGUUUUGUUGAUCCUAAUAUAGAUCACCUGAUCUUUAACAGAUUCGACUUCCCACCAAUAUUUCAUCGUGAUGAGGAUACUAAUCCAGAUGAAAUACGUCGUGACUGUAGAAGACCUCCUAUUCCCAUAAAAGAUCCAGGAAUCAAAGUGGAAGAGGAACCUUUGUUGUCAAAUCACCCAUAUGUUGAUAAGAUUUGGCAGAUCCAUGUUGCUGAACAAAUGAUUCUGGAUGAUAUGGAGACUAAUCCUGAUAAAUAUGAGGAUAAAAAAUUGACAGAGUUAACUGAUGAUGAUGAUUUUGAUGAGGAAAACAGUGUUGAAUAUACCAAAGCUUAUUAUAAGAAAACUUUAGUACCAAAAAUGAUUCUGGUAAGCAUCUUCCUUAUGACACAGCAUCAAUCUGUUUGUUAA